CGCCGCGGGAGGAGGAGGAAAAGGAGGAGGAGAGAUGAAGCGCUUCCACCCUGGGGUCGCGCUGCUGCUCUCGCUGCUGUGGGAGUGUACAGAGGCCAAAAAGCAUUGCUGGUACUUUGAAGGAUUAUAUCCUACAUAUUAUAUAUGUCGCUCCUAUGAGGAUUGCUGUGGCUCAAGAUGCUGUGUAAGAGCUCUCUCUAUCCAGCGACUAUGGUAUUUUUGGUUCCUUUUGAUGAUGGGAGUUCUGUUCUGUUGUGGAGCUGGUUUCUUUAUCCGAAGGCGGAUGUACCCUCCUCCAUUAGUAGAAGAACCUACUUUUAACGUGUCUUACACCAGACAACCAGUCAACACUGCAUCAGGGUCACAACAACCUGGAGUGCCGUAUUACACAGAUCCAGGAGGACCUGUGAUGAAUCCCAUGGCUAUGGCUUUCCAUGUCCAGCCCAAUUCCCCACAAGGAAACCCGGUUUACCCACCCCCACCUUCCUAUUGCAACACACCACCUCCGCCCUAUGAGCAGGUGGUGAAAUCCUCCACGUGAGGACUCUGGCUUUCUGACCUGACUGUGUGAGAAGGUGCAAUUGCAAAAUGACCAAGAUGGAGGGCACCUGCCCUUUUGAACACUUGCUAGUUCUCCAAGUCCUCUCUCCUUCCCUUCCCUUCCCUGCACCUUUCCUCAUUAAAGUUACUUGCAAAGGGGUGAUUUUUAAUUUUUUUUUCUUUUUUUUUUUUAGUAGAAGUGGAUUUUUUCUUUGUCUUCAAAAUGAGAGAAGUUGUCUUUGUAAUGCUUUUAAUGGAAACCUAUAUUUAAAACCUGUAUGUCUUUCUCUUUAUUUAUAGUUUGUUUCAAUCAAGGUUUUAAUUGCAUUGUGGCAGGUUACUGAUAGCAGUUCUUGCAACCCCAGGGUGAUGUGCAGCCUCCUAAGACCCUACAGAAAUGCCCUCAUCUAAGGGAAACUACAGAGAAAGAGGAUAAAGGUAGAAACAGCAGAGCAAUGAUUUUACCAGAAAUUGUGACUAUCAUCUUUUGCUUUUAUGACUUUCUUUUACAGUUUAGUUCUGAUGUAUAACAGAAAGAUGCUCUGAUAAAAGUCAUUGUGACUAGAGUACCAGCGUUGGUUGAGUCAUGGCAGGGGCUCUGCCAAGUACCCUAGAAAAGAGGGAGUUGUUACUGUAAAUGAUGCAUCCAAAAAGUUAAGGACUAGGACUUGAGUGUUUCUUGACUCUCACCUGCACUCUGCCUCUGUGGUUGGCAUCUUGGCUUCCCUUGUUUUGCCAGUGCUGAGAUUGUAUGAAACAGACAAUGACCUGGAUGUUGGCAACAAGAGGGAGGUGUUAAAACCUCAGAGCUACUUGUGCCUCUUGACAGAACAGUUAGAAACACUAAAAUACAUAGGUUUUCUUCCCUAAAUUGUAAAAUAUUUACAGAAAGAAGGGAUGGGAGCAUAGGUACAAGUUUACUCCAUUUGAUGUUGAUGAGAGUUUAGUCCCUGAGAAACAGUAUCUUUCAUUAUAGUCUUACUGCUGCCACAAAGUGUACCAAGUAAAGCUGUCAUCUUCAGGUGACAGAUGUGUAAAUCUGCUCUCCUCUCUAGGUCAGAAAAAUAAUAACAUUUUGGGACAGGUUCUUAAUAGCAUUCUUUGACCUGAUGCACAGAUGGUUUGGCUUUCAAUAUCUCUUAGCUCUUCAUGCAUUUUGUUGUGAGUGCUCAUGGCCAACCCUCUGAGUGACCACAAAUGAACACUUUCAAAUAAACACAAAGCCCCUUUGCCUCUCAGGGCUCUCACACCCAUCCAUGUCUAGCAAGAAUGUGAAGCUGCUCUGAAAUGACUUUGUACUAAUGAGACCUUCUCCCUUUGUGCAUAUUCAGAGUCAUGUCACCGAGCAGUGACAAAAAGAAGAUGCCAUUGCCUCCUGUUGCUGAAGGACCUGCAAAAACAGCAUAGCUGAGGGUUAGGAGUCCAAUGUGGUCUUUUGGGUACCAGGUGAAUGCUCCUGUGUCAUACCAGCCAGUGCACAGAGGUCACUGAGGUGGUUUGGAGUAAUUUGAAGACCUGUGUUGCACAGGGAAUCAAAGCUUUAUUGUGCUGUUGUUCCAUGCCAUGGCUUCUGAGAACUUGUUUCUAGGUGUCAAGCUGGAUUUGCAGAACAUCCCUUUUGCUGUGAAUAUGAUUGUCUAACAGAAAAAAGACUGUUUCUGCUGGUGGAGUUAGUAGCCAUCUGGAGCAGAGCUAGCCCUAGUUCAUUCCUGCAUACCUGACUUGGGUGAAAUGGUAACCAAGGCUUUCCCUUACUGUGCAUCAUAAUAAGGGACAAAGCAAAGUACUUCUGUGUGGGCAGUCUAGGCUUGGGGGACACACUUCAGAUAACAAAAAAGUACAUUUUAUAUAUGAAUACUAGGUCCAUCUGCACAUCACAACUGUAUAUAUUUUCUGAAUUAGCAUGCACUUGAAGUGUAAAAGCUGUGUAUGUCACUCAGUAUGGUUGUGUUUACGGAAUAAUUUUUUAAAAGGAAAUCCAACCUUUUUUUGUCAAUAGAAAUGGCAACAGACCUCAUGUUAGUAGGUAGAUGUUGUUAAGUCCUUUUGUAUUAUGAAAUGUAUCUAUGACAGCUGGCAUUGUCCAUUGUCCUGGACACAUUGAAUAGAAGCCUUUGUACAGUGAAAUUCAACUUCAGGUGAAGUUUUCCUGAA